AUGGCUGACCUCACACACCAGAGCAAUGGCUCUCUUCCAUCCCCAGCCCAGCUGGCUCUCGCCAUGGCCAUCGUCAAGCACAAGCCAGCAGACCUAUCCAUCAGAGACUACAUUCUACAGAUUCGCUCGUAUAUCAUGACUGCCAAAGACCCAGAUUUCAACCCCGUCAGCUCCCAACCAGGCAAAUUCUUCGACAGCGUCUCCUUCUGGCAACAAGCGUACGAACAAUCCGAAGCCGAACAGAGCAAACUGCUCGACCGCAUUUUCGAACUAGAACAGCGCAAUACGGCUCUCCUAGCUAAGACACAGAAAGGAGACGUCGGAAAGGAAGAGCAGCUGCCCGAGUCUUCUAAGAGGAAGGCGAACCCUAAGAACGCUGAUGCUACGGCUACGGCACGGAAACGAGCCAAGACACAAAUGCCUUCGCAGGGUGGUAUUGGUUCGCUAGGUGUACAGGGAGCACUGAGUAGUGUUUUUGAUCGGAUGAAGUAUGUGGAAGAGUUCACAGCACCAUUCAUGAGACACUUCUAUACGCUCCAGACGACGUUACAGAAACGACCCAAUCGCUCGAAUGUUGUCCAAGCUGCCAUCAAUCUGUCAAAAGCAGCAGCGGAUGCUCUCGUCAAUUCAGUCCAGGAAAAGAAUAUUUCCGCCGGCCGGUCAAAGACGACAACCCUACAGCAUAAGGACCCUGAAGUUAUUUCAAUGGUGAGCGGCGUUGAGAGCGCGCUCCCGAUGCUGUACCAAGCACUAGGAAAGGUUUCGACUUUGGAGGAGAAAACUUUUGACGCAGGCCUGGUCACGUAUCAUAUUGUUUGCUUGUACGAAACCGCAAUGAAGAUGCUAGGACAGCACUGCAAAGACAGAUCGGCGCAGCUAUUGGCUACCACGACAAAUGGGAAAUUAGCCAAGAAGCAGAACGCAAGAUCGAAGCGGGCACAACGAAAGACAGACGACGAGGUAGCUGGUCAGAUUACUCGCCUGCUAGGGACGAUGAUACUAUUGCUGGAUCUAACCCGUGCAGAGCACCAAAAUAUUCUCGAGGGAGCUCUAUUCAUUCUGCUGAACCGUGUUGGAAGAUUCUUAUGCCUGUUUGUCUUUAAGGAAUUGCAAUUACGGCCUGAUCUCCGAGUUGAUCCUGCGCAGCUCCCGCUUCCCCAAGGCCUGAAGGACGUCAGUUUGAACGAACAGUCGAUUUGUGCAGCAAAGAUGGAAUCCAAGCAUCUCAUCUGGGUACUGGAGAGGGCACUUGCUCACUUGGAGACCAGUACAUCCUCUCCAUCGUCCCGGGAGUUUACAUCCAAGAUCAAAGGACGUCUUCAGAGUACACUGCUUCAAGCUAUGUAUGGCACAGAUGAUGAGUGUUUUCAGGAGGCGCUGCGUCGUUCUGUUGCCCCCGAUAUACUGGAAUUUGACAGGUUGCGCUCUUGUGCUCAGGUUCCGGAACAGACUGUUGCUGACUGGUUUACUCAAGAGGUCUGGAGGCUUGUAGGAUGGGAACUUGUGGUGAAAAAGGAACAGGAAACCUAG